AUGAAAACUUCCAUCGCGCCAGUCGCACAGAAGCUGAGACCCUUACCAUUUUCAGUCCGCCAGCCGGUCUUUGACGAGAUUGAGAAGCUACUUGCUGCUGAUGUCAUUGAGAGAGUCAAUGCUUCCGAGUGGAUAUCUCCUAUUGUAGCAGCCCGCAAAGCAGAUGGUAGCAUUCGACUGUGUGUCGAUCUCCGGGAACCCAACAAAGCUAUAGUAGUAGACAACUUCCCUUUGCCUCAUAUGGAGGAGCUGCUUCAUGCCCUCAAUGAAGCCCGCUGCUUUUCCAAGGUGGACCUGGCAUCAGCCUACUACCAGGUUGUGCUGCACCCAGACAGCAGAGACCUAACUUCAUUUAUAACUCACGAUGGCCUCUUUAGAUUCAAGAGGGUCUGCUUCGGGUUGGCAUCGGCACCAGCUGCAUUUCAGCAGAUCAUGACAAAAAUUCUUGCAGGUUGCAAAGGGGUCUUAUGCUACUUGGAUGACAUAAUCAUUUUUGGCAAGACGGAGAGCGAACACAGGAAAAACCUGGAGCAAGUGCUGGAACGAAUAGCAGAAGCUGGGCUCAAGCUCAACGAAAAAUGCGUCUUCAACACAUCGGAGCUGUCGUUCUUAGGACAUCGCGUCAGCGCAGAGGGUAUAGCACCGCUCCAGACCAAGAUUGAUGCAAUCAUCAAUGCUCCUGCGCCUAGAGAUGCAGCCAUGCUACGCUCCUUUUUGGGGCUAGUUGAAUACUAUUCCAAAUUCGUGUCGCGACUGGCAGAGCAAGUAGAGUCAAUGCGUCGUGUACUUCGCAAAGACGUGCACUUCGACUGGGAUGACGCUGCGAAAGAGAGCUUCGCGGGAGUAAAAAGACUUCUAGCAUCCCACAAGGUCCUCCGAAUGUUUGAUCCGACGCUACCUGUCAUUGUCGCAACAGAUGUCUCUGCGUACGCUCUCGGUGCCGUACUGCAGCAAGUGGAGGAGUCCCAUUUGCGUACUGUGGCAUUUGCAUCGCGGACAUUAACAGAGACAGAACGAAAACACUCGGCCGGAGAGCGCGAGGCCCUUGCCUGUCUGUGGGCCUGCGAGAAGUGGCACGUUUACCUCUGGGGCAGAUCAUUUACUCUACUGACGGAUCACCAGGCUUUGGUGGCACUGCUCUCAUCCCGUAGCACAGGACAGCGGCCACUUCGUAUUGCAAGGUGGACCGCACGACUGCUGCGCUACAACUUCAAAAUACAGUACCGCAGCGGAGCCCACAACCAGGUAGCAGAUGCCUUGUCCAGACUGCCCGUGCCAGACACAGAAGGGGGCUUCCAUGUUGAUGAAGAGGUUGUGUCCUUGGUUACAUUGUCUGUACAUCGGGAGAAUCUUCAGGUUGCUACCGCGGAGGAUGACAUACUACUGCAGGUAAUGCAAUUUAUCCAGUCAUCAUGGCCAACAAGGAAAAGACUUGCCGCAGAACUGACUCCGUACUACGAAAUACGAGACGAGCUCUCGGUAGUAGAUGGGUUGCUUCUGCGCACAGAACGCGUUGUAGUGCCUGCCAAGCUAAGGGAUACAUUCAUCCAGUUAGCUCGUGAGUCACACCCGGGAAUUGUGAAGACUAAGCAGCGCAUCAGGGAGAAGUACUGGUGGCCUUGCCUUGACAAGCAUGUGGAGGCUGCCGUCCGGAGUUGCAGCACCUGUCAAGCCUCGGACAAGAGUGUCAAGAACUGGCAAGCCCCACUACAGCUUGUCCCGCUUCCCAACAGGCCUUGGGACAAAAUAUCAAUAGACAUCAUGGGCCCCUUUGAACGUGCACCGGCCGACUGUCGAUUUGUCAUCGUGGUAGUGGACUACUUCUCCAGAUGGCCAGAGAUUGCGUUCUGCAGUGACAUCACUUCUCGCACGGUGAUCAACUUUCUGCUUGCUGUCUUUGCGCGAGAGGGUUACCCGACUGAACUAGUCUCAGAUCACGGCCGACAGUUUACGUCGAGUGAAUUCAAGUGCUUCCUUGCAGACAGGGGCAUCAAGCAUUUCUUCUCGGCAGUUUACCACCCUCAAGCCAAUGGCUUAGUGGAAAGAUUCAACAGGGUCUUGAAAUCGUAUAUACAACUAGCUCUCCUAGAGCAGCGACCAAUCAAGACCACAGUUAUAGAGUACCUGGGUAUUUACCGAGCCACACCCCACAGCGCCACUGGCAUCUCUCCAGCGGUGUUGCUUCAUGGCCGCCACAUGAGGACAUCAUUAGAUGUUGUUGGCCAGCCAUCAGCGGAUUUCGGCGCCCAUCCCGCACGUGAACUGCGUAGACUUCGGCAUCGUGUCUGCGAAUACCAACAAAGAAAUAAGGCAUAUGCAGACAAGCGAAGAGCAGCCCGGGAGCCCAAAUUUAAAGUGGGGGCCUACGUGCGGGUGAAACGCCCGAUACCUGGAAUAAAAGGCACCCCUAGUUUUGGGGCUCCACUCAAAAUACUGAGGCGGGUCGGACGAUGGUCAUUCCACUUGGAGGACGGCCGUACCUGGAAUGCCUCCCAACUGUCGGCUGUACCCCAUGAAGCUGUUCACAAAGAAACGGGGGCAAGGCAAGAACCACUGUGGGCGGACAUGGAGACAGACGGGUCGGCAGGAAACGCCACAGCACGAAAACCGUCCUCGAAGGCAAAGAGCCACACGACCCAAAAUAUCCCAAUACAGGAAGCUGCACAGUCUCCGGGGGGGUCAGCACUGCCUCCUCAUAUGCCAAGCCCACCACGGCCUCCACCAACGGGAAACAUGACCGCAGGACUGGGUGCUGAUCAUGCCGACGAACCAGAGGUCGUCCAUCAGCCAGUAGAGCAGCUGGUGCCCCUCCGUCGCUCUACACGGGAGCGAAGACCACCAGAGAGACUCGGGGACUAUGUGCAGUGA